UUUAAGUGAUCUUUUCGUUUGUUCUCGCUAGUAGUUAGCUAUUGGCGUGAUAAGCUAGGGGUCAUUGUCUUACAUGUAAAUAUAACAUCUUUGUGUACUGUAUAAAUGUUCCUGACGAAGUGGACAAUGAUGACUCAUAAUUAGCGAAUCAGCUGUCUCUACUCCCCCUCAUUCAAUUGUUACACGACGCAGGAAUUCUGUCCACUAGUGUGUGGGAAGUUGAGGGACUCGAACGAGUCCACCUUCUUCAGGGGGUGAAUCGUUAUUUGUGGCAGUGCUGGCUAAGCAGCAGUGUUCCAGACAUUCUAUACAAGUAUGUAGCACGAACAACGCUGGAGUUCUCUGUGAGAUUGCUAUCGGCUGAAAAAGUAUCUUUCUGUUUCGAAAAAACGAUAUGGCAGAGAGCUGAAAACAAAAGGUGAGGUUUUUAGUUGAAGUCUUGCAGUUUUGAUUUGCUGUCUUUAUGUUCAUCGUGCAACAGGCCAGUUCUUAAGUACUGCUUAGCGCUGUUUUCCAACUGAAUGAAAGUGAUCGAUCACCUGUAAAAAACAUAGUUCAUCAACUUUUAUUGAGUGAAUUUUGAAUCGAAACUUAGUCAAUGCAUUGUUUACGUACAAUUGAACAACGUACAGAAGACGGCGGUUAUUUUUAGCCACACGGUAGUUUUUGUUUGUGCCCACCACGGAUAUCGAAACCCGGUUUCUAGUAAGUCCGUAGAUAUGCCGCUGUGCCACUUCUCAUAUCGACUGUAUAUGUGUAUCAAAGAUGAACAAACGAUAAAGGUCAAUAAUAUCUGAAAAACACCGUAAAAGCAUCCUGGACAAGAUUAAAAUAUACCCAUGACAACUUCCGAAGCAGAACCUGUUUCCAAGCCAACGACACUGGAAGCAUCGACGUUUAAGAAAGGUCUGCUAUGGCAACAGAGAGAUAAAUUCUUCAGCCGCUGGAAGGAACGUUAUUUUAUUCUCACCCGAGAUUACCUGGCUUGUUUUAAAAAAGGAGCUAAGAUUGGAAUAUCAGAGAUGGGUAGCUUCUUGUAUAAGAUUAACCUUGUAGACAUCGAAGGGCUUCAGUGGGCCGACAAGAAACGUGAAGGCGUGAUAGCCAUACGUCUCGGACAAGAAGGUCAGUUGCUGCUGUGGUCACCGACACGUCUGGAUGAUUGGAUGUUUGCCCUGCAGGAGGCUAUUAGCCUGAGCAAAGGGCGGCGGGAAGUUCUCAGGAAAUCUCAGAGCUUAAUGCCACACAUUACCGAUAGAAAACUUACUCGCAGCCAGUUGGUGAUAUUAAAACAUAAUGUUUACGAAGAUGCAUCAUCACCUUCAGCCCGAUACCGGAAUCGUAGUUCAGGACAGCGGGAAAAUGUGAAUGUGCGACCAACAUCGGAGAGGCAAUCUACUCCCUAUCUAGGGAAACGAAUGCAGAGAAUGUCAGCGAUGACCGACAUUGAUAUUAGUGAUGAUAUUCAUACUAGUCUUCCCUUUGAUGUCGAAGUUAGCACCCCCUGCCGAGCAGUUUUCUCACCAAGAUUAGCCCCACAGUGCGCUUCAGGAUCCUUGACGUCAUUGGUGUCUUAUGUGAGAAGUCCAACAGCUCGAUGUUAUUUGGAAAAACCUUCGCCUCGUUCCUUACAGGUCUCACCAGCACUCUCUCAGCGUUCUUUGUAUGCUCAACAUAUACUCUCGACCUCGGAGAUAUCAACCAAUGAUACGAAGCUGAAGAAAGUCGGAUCUGCUACUGCUACCUCGGAAUUCUCAUACAUUCGUUCUGAAACAGCACUAACUAGUCUUUCAACCAAACAGAGCUUUUGUGAAACAUCGAUAUCCAGUGAAACGAGUAAUUCUUUGUCUUGUUCAUCAAACAUACUUGCUCAGCUCGAGAAACUUCAUGUUUUAAGCCCCCCAGGUGAAAAAUCUCGCCCAUCGAGCAUUUACGGACAGCCUUCUUUGACGUUAAAAAAAUCUAUUUUUUCAACUACGCCGCCCGAUGUCGUACCAGUUCUCAUUGGUCACCCUGAACUAAAACAGCCUUAUAAGCGCUUUACGCGUCCAUAUAAUCACACUAAAUCGGACUCGUCGUUUUUUCUCAAUAAACUAAGCUUCGGUUCGAAAGACUUUGCGAAAGGAACACUAGAACUAUCAUAAUAAAUGCUAAUUUUGAUAAAAUAGUUAGCACAAAGGAUCGCAUAUAAAGUAUAAUAGACUUAAAAUAAGACCCAAAACUCGAGCGCUUUCGGAUAGUUGACUAUUCUUCUUCAGGAGAACAAAUAAAUAAUAAAUGCUAAUCAGACUGUGAUAGAGCAGGUGUUCAUCAUUAUAGAAAGAAACACCACACCAUUAAAAAGCUUCCUUCUAAACCUGGUAAAAUGAAUUAGAAUAACGUUAAAAAUUACAUUUUAUGUAUGUGCUGUAUACAAAAAAAUUAUUUAAGAGACAGAGAGGAGGAGGAGAUAAUAUAUAUCCUCAAGUGACAAAAUUUUCAGAUAUAAUAUUAGCUAAAUUACAUCACAUUCUCUAUCUCUCUCAAGUUUAGAUCCCAACAGAUGAAAGCCAAACAUACAAACACCCUGGUCCAAGUGAGGAUUAUUUAUAUAAUCCAUAGAAACUGGUCUAUUGUUGUUGUUGCUGCUGAAAAAGUUUUUAUUUUUUUUAGUACCCUAGUACUUAAACUAAUUAGUGGCAUCACACAUUUUGUUUGGGAAAAUAUUUUUGAAGUUUAACUUACAAACUAUCUAUAUUAGUGUUGGAGGUUAUUUAUUAUAUUUAAUCAAUUAUUCACUAAACAGUUUCUCAGUCCCCGAAACGUUGUUCUAACAUGGCGUUUGUGACAAUUAUAUUAUAGUGCUUGUGAUGACUAAAUACUUAGAUAUUUUAAACAACAUUAAUCAACAGCUGAAUUUCUGUUGUCUUUUCUAUAAUUUCAUUACUGCUUUUUAACUCGUCGUGAGGAAGGAAAUAACAAAGACUGCUGUGAAAACAAACUUACACUAACUUAUAAUAACAAACAUUUCUUGGUUUAAAAUCAGCUAAGUAUCGGGUUAGGUUUAAAAUACUCAAUAACUAUAAGCCCUAAACUAUCGUCACUAAACGAUACGGUUUUUUAGUAAGUUUCUCCAACUUUGAAACUUUAAUAAAAUAAUUGAUAGAAUCAUGUGUCUUUUCGAUGGUUGUUAAUUUUCAGGAAAAAGUAAGUAGGAAAAGUAGAUCUCACCCAACGUAUUUUUGGGACUAAAAUAAAAAUUACAACAAUAUAAGAUUAGCAGUAAAUGAGAUGUAUUUCUUGUAACAUUUGUUGCAAAAUCUAAUGGUUCUUAACCUGAAAUUAGUUUUCAUCAACCAUUGGAUCAAAUUUAACGCUUUUCUUGAAUCCAAUUUAAGGAAUUUCUUGGAAUGUUUUAGUAUUUCCUCAAAAUAUCAGGCAGGCGGUAGCACUGCGUAUGUUAGGAUGAUUCGGAUUGUUCGUGGAAGUGGUAUUUUAAAUAUCUCCUCAAUAGGUCAUCAGAACUUUACAAUACUAUACAGUGUUUUCUUUUAU